UUUCGAUGGUUGAUUUAUUUGGGGUGUUACUCCCGUACCCACUGAAUCGCACUGUCUAAAUUGGUGAAAUUUUUUAUCUUUCUGAGGAUCAGCUGUUGGUAGUAUCCAAGGUGGUGCUGUGUGGCGUUGUUGGGAAGAUGAAGAGGGUGUUUUGGGUUGUAGUUGUAACAGUGGUGGUUGCAGCAUGGAUGCCCCUCUCACACUGUUCCAAGAAACCGGUUGGGGUUGCUAGAAAGGAGGACAUUCCGUACAUAAGGUGUCAAGUGUGUGAGAAGCUUGCUAAGGAGUUGCAUCAGCAGGUUCAUAACAAGCAAGGUCAGAUCGCUCCCAAAAAGAUCUCGGAGUACCAGAUCAUUGAGAUAGCGGAGAAUGUUUGUAAUCUGAAAAAGGCAGAAGCGGAUUGGAUAUUGCGCAUAGAUAUUGUGGAGGAAGGAGAUAGGCUGGUGCUUGAGGAACAAGACUCUGAAGGACAAUGCAAUUCUGAAUGCAAGACAAUUGAGCGAGCCUGUCAGGAGGUUAUAGGAUAUUCGGAUACUGAUGUUGCUGAAUAUUUAUAUAGUUCCAAGCCCGAUAUUGACUCAUUGCGCAAUUAUCUCUGCAAAGACCUUACUAAAGCAUGCAGUACCAAGCCACCCCCUGUCCCUAAGAACAGGGCACCUGGUGAACCAUUUGCUGCAAAGUCUUCCAAGGAGGCUGAAAUGGAAAAACUGCUGAAAUCUAUGGAGGGCAUGCCCGGAGCACCAGGCAUGAAAAUGUACUCGAGGGAUGAUUUAAUGAACAUGAAGAAUUUUGGUGGUGAAGAUGGUGAUGAUGAAGAUGAAGACGAGGAUGAAGAGGCGAACUUCCCAUCAAAAUUGGGAAAAGUUAUGAGAGAAAAGGAAAAUGGAAAAAGAGACUGGAAACAGGUGAUAAAAAAGAGAAUUGAGGAUACAAGCAUGACACUGAAGAAGCAAGCAAACAAAUUUUCUAGUCAUGUAAGACGGUGGUGGAGGGGAAAGAAGACAACCACCUCAAAGAAGGGAGUGAAGACAGAACUUUAGUGCUGAUAUCUAUUCCCUGACCAUUGGAACGAAAUUACAACAUCACCACGUUUGGUACUGAUAUGGACAUGAAUUUGGAAGGAAAUCAAAUGAGAACUUCACAAUCACCUCUUCGAAUCAUUGGUUUUGCAGUCCAGGAUUUGCUGUCUAAUGUAUUUUGGUGAGUCAAUGGUUGUCUAAUGUAUACUCGCUAGCCUUUUCAGAGGAAAGAUUACUCUUUUGAGAUUUAUGCAA